GGGUUUCAACACGCUGGUCCAGUUGCUGGAGAGGGUGGAUGGAGUGGCAGUCAUGAAGCCUCCGGACGCAGGGUUCAUGAUGGUUUACGGGCCAAGGAAAAAGGGAGGAGGAGUGGGAGGUUCCAGUUGUGGUUCUGAAACUGAGGAGGCACCAAGGCCCCCAGGCACUCUGGCCUCGGCCUACACGAGACAAGCUCCGCCCACCGAGAAGAUGUUGGGAGUGUACAUGACGCACGUCCACACGCCGGGCUGUCUGUGUGUCCAGAUCAUAGGAGAGACCACGACAAGAACUCUGGAGUACCUUCUGGAGGACCUCACGCAGUUCUACAACAGCAGGGGUGGGGACUCCUACGUGCUCAAGAAGCCCAUCAUUGGACAGCCGUGCUGUACUCUCUUCAACAACGAUGGCUACUGGUACAGAGCCGAGGUGGUUGGCAUGCCGACGAGUGACAUCGCAGAGGUGUUGUACGUGGACUAUGGCAACACUGGCAGAGUCCCUGCUACGUCGCUGAGGAAACCAAGGCCGCACUAUAUGACUCUACCAGCCCAGGCAAUCAAGUGUCGCCUGGCCCAUCUGAAGCCUGCUGGGAGUAGGUGGAGUAGGCAGGCAUCCAGCCUCCUCUUUCAGAUGACAAAAGACAAGCCAAUUGUAGCCAUUGUCUCGUCCGUAGUGGGUGGGCUGAUAUCUGCAACUCUGUGUGACACUACGACAGAAGAAGACAUUCAUAUCAAUGACACGUUGGUCUCACAAGGCCUGGCCAUCUUCGUCAAGGACACCGAAGAGGAGGAGAAGAAAUAUGAUGGCUACAAACCAGAGCAACUGCCUAUAGGGGCAACUGAGAACAUUCCUGAUGUCCAUAUGCCGUCAAGUAAGGUCGAAACUCCUCCCACUGCCACGCCCUCUUCCACCUCCACAACUAUCACUUCCCUCCCAACUCUCCCCACACUCACAACUCACACCCUCCCCACCCCCUCCGUAAUCCCCACUCCCACUGCCUUCCAAACUCCCCCGCACACUCCGGCUCCGCCCGGUCUCCCCGGUCUGACCACGCCCCAAAUCACCGCGCCGUUGAUGCAGAAUUACCUGCUAAACCUGUUACUACAGCAGGCGGCCUGUGUCCCCAACAUGGCUGGUCUCACUCCCUCCAGUCUCGCCCAGCUUCUAACUGGACAGUCCGGUUUCAAUUUCCCGUUUGCAGCUCCACAACUGGAAACAGCACCAAAUCCUGCAGUACCACCGCAACCCACAGUCACUACACAGCAAUUUGUUACCCCGACUCCCCAAACCAGUUCAGCGUGUAAUCAAAACCCGGUCAAACCGGUUGACUCGGUCCGACCACUUCCACCGUUGAACUCCCUCUCCUCCGUUGCUGACUCCACCCAGCAGGCCCCGCCCACCAGCCACACCCCCACGGCUCCCGAGACUGAAAGUGAAAAGGAGGAGGAGGAAAAAGAGGAACGGAAGCCAUCAAACCUCCCCAAGAUGAGAAUCAAAAAGUGUCAACUGACGACAGAUCGCAGUCUCCACGUGGUCCAGUACAACAGUAGAGCCUACAUCCUGAGUCCACAGGUGUCAGAAUGGUUCUGGGACACGGACCUUCUCCAGUCCAUGCUCAGACAGGUCCAGAAUGCGAGACCGGUGUGGGGACUGGUGCUGCAGGAACACAGAGCUAAGGAUUUGUUCAGAGAGAUGAAGAGGGACCCGCAGCUGCGCGCUCUUCUCUAUGGCUGCUGUGAAGUCACCAUCUACGCCCUCGAGGAUCUUCCGACUAUUGCGUCGGUGUUCCAUGCGCCGAGUCCCGUGUGUGCGGCGGUGAGAAUGGAAUCGGAGCAGUGGCUGAGGAAGGGACCGGACUACUUCACCGACCCAGUGUGUGAGCUGAAUGACGUCGCCGCUGAACUGGAGAAACUUCGCUCCGAGAGGAAAGAGAUCCUGAGUUCCCUGGAAGUCGAUGGAGGUGGAGAGGGGGAGAUUGAGGAAGGAAUCCAAUCACUUGCCAAGGUUACUAAAGCCAUAUCGAAACUGAAAGCCAAGCAGGCAGUGUUGGUGGCAGAACUGUCCGCCAGUGGCGAUGUUGACAAUCAUCAAGACACAGGGCACCCUCCUUCAUCUCUCUCCAUGAGUUCACUUGAUCACAGCGAGAGUGGCAGAGUUGCGUCGCAAGCGUCCGAUUUCGACGACCCGUUCUACACCUGUGCAUCGUCUCAAUCUACACCAACCCCUACGCCUGAACCGCCCGACUUGACCGCUUCUCAGGCUCUCCCCACGUACCCCGAGACCUCUGCUGCUUUCCUCUCCCCCAUUAACCUCUCCCCCUCUUCAUCUCUUAGCUCGCUCUCUGACGACGCCCUCUCUCGUCCUCCUCACCUGCCACAAGGCCCAACAACAGGAGACAUCAACACUGAACGAGAGUGGAGUGCUCCUCGCAUCCCUUACCUCACAGACACCUCAAUUGGUAGAGACACUCCACGAGGAGUGAGAGAGGAGAUGCCAGUACAG